GCUCGCUCUACACUUUUUUGAUUGUGGAGCAGUGUUGUUUUCGCUACAAAGCAAGUGAUAACUAUUUAAAUUCAUUGAAUCCAGAAAAUGAGCGGAAUUAUUACAGUGGUGGCACCGGUCAACAUAGCUGUCAUAAAAUACUGGGGCAAACGCGAUGAAGAAUUAAUAAUCCCGUUGAACGAUUCCGUUAGUGUUACUUUGGACACGAAUGUGAUGUGUGCAAAAACUUCCGUAUGCGUGAGUCCCGACUUCACAAAUAAUGAAAUUUGGUUGAAUGGACAGAAAGAGUCUUUUACUAGCCCACGUUUGCAAAACUGCCUAAGAGAAAUUAAGUUGAGAGCCGUUGCCGAGCGCAGUGUUGAUGAUGUUUUUUUGUCGUGGAAAAUUCAUGUCUGUUCUGAAAAUAACUUUCCAACUGCAGCAGGAUUAGCAUCAUCUGCCGCUGGAUACGCCUGUUUAGUUACAGCUCUGGCAAAACUUUAUAAAAUUAAAUCUGACGUCAGUUCUAUUGCAAGACUUGGUUCCGGCAGUGCUUGUCGGAGCGUUUAUGGAGGCUUCGUGCACUGGCACGCUGGUGUGAAAGCUGAUGGCUCAGAUUCUGUUGCUACUCAGAUAGUGGGCAGUUCCCAUUGGCCACAGAUGAGAGCUUUGAUCCUUGUUGUGGGUGAUGACAGAAAAAAAGUGAGCUCUACAAAAGGAAUGAAAAUAUCCAAAGAAACUUCUGAACUACUUCAUUAUCGCAUUGAAAAGUGUGUUCCCCGAAGGACAGAAGAAAUCUGUGAAGCAAUCAAAAAUAAGGACUUCUCUAAAUUUGCUGAAAUCACUAUGAAGGACAGUAAUCAAUUUCAUGCAAUUUGUCUGGAUUCAUAUCCACCUUUUGCUUACAUGACAGCAACUUCACUGAAGAUAAUAGAUUUUGUUCACAAAUAUAAUGAGAUUUGUGGGGAACCUAGAGUUGCUUAUACUUUUGAUGCAGGACCUAAUGCAUGUUUGUAUCUUCUAGAGGAAGAAGUUUCUAAAGUUCUGGGUUUGAUUCAGUAUCUUUUCCCCACAACAAUAAGUGACAGUUUUAUCAAGGGCUUGGAUACUAAAGCAACACCAGCAAGUGAAGAAGUGUUGCAAAACUUGUCAUUGCAGCCUGAGGCUAAGGAUUCAGUAAAGUAUGUAAUCUAUACUAAGGUUGGUGAUGGACCUACAGAAGUAACUGAUGGAAGCUCUCUACUAAAUGAUGCUGGGUGGCCAGUGAAUCCUGUUAUUGAAUAAUUUUCCAUCUCAGUAUUAUGUAGUCAUUACUUUGGUAUUUGUGUUAGAUUUUAAGAUUGUGGUGGUCUGUUGUAUAGCUUUAU